CCAUCCCAUCCAUCCAUCCAUCAAAAACCCCACCCAUCCUUCCUCCUCUCUCCCUCUUUUCUUCUCUCUCUAAAACCACCUAGUUUCUAGAGAGAGAAACACACGCCCCCUCCUCUGGUUUCCUUUGUCUUAGUCUACAAAGAAAUGAGACAGAACCCUUCUUCCUCCUCGUACUAAAUAAACAAAACCCUAAAAAAGUUGUCUUUUGUCCUCCAAAGAAGCUUAAAGAUGUCUCACUUUGUGUUCCAAACAACACAAAUCCCUACCACAACCACCAAGACCACCUUAACUUUAAAACCCACCUCUCCGAUUCCUCAAUUGUGUCACCUGCGCGGUACUAGGAAGAGGGUUAAUCAUAAUCACACCAUUAAGUGCUCUUCUUCUUCCUCCUCCUCUUCUUGUCCGACAAUUGAUGGUGGCGGAGAUUCUGUAGCCGGGUUGGAGCGCUGCUUUUUAGCCCCGUCUGCCCCCGUCUUGAAUUCCUCUCCAAAGGGUGACUUCGGUCCGGUUAUGAAAGGAAAAUUCGGUUCUUUAGGUGCCGUUACUUUGGAAAAAAGCAAACUUGAUUUGACCCAGAAGCAAUCCCAGUCUACCCCUGAGGUAGCACUUGGGGGAGGUGGCGGAGAUAUUGGAAAGCAUAUCAAUCAUGGAGGUGGUGAUGGAGGUGAUGAUGACGGUGAUGAUGAUGAUUACUUUGAUGACUUUGAUGAUGGUGAUGAGGGUGACGAGGGGGGACUAUUUAGGAGAAGGAUGUUUCUUGAAGAGCUUUUCGACCGAAAAUUUGUUGAUGCAGUGUUGAAUGAGUGGCAUAAAACUGUGAUGGAUUUACCUGCUGGGUUCCGACAAGCUUAUGAAAUGGGUUUGGUCAGCUCAGCACAAAUGGUAAAAUUCCUAGCAAUAAAUGCCAGACCAACAAGUACUAGGUUUAUAUCCAGAGCACUUCCUGAAGCAGUCUCUCGGGCAUUUAUUGGCAGGAUGCUUGCAGACCCUGCCUUUUUAUAUAGGCUACUUUUGGAGCAGGCUGCUACAAUUGGUUGCUCUGUUUGGUGGGAGUUGAAAAAUCGCAAGGAUAGGAUAAAACAAGAAUGGGAUUUGGCUCUUAUAAAUGUGCUAACCAUAACAGCAUGCAAUGCCUUUGUUGUUUGGACGCUCGCUCCUUGUCGUUCUUAUGGAAACACAUUCCAGUUUGAUUUGCAAAAUACAUUGCAGAAGCUCCCAAACAAUAUCUUUGAAAUGAGUUACCCUCUUAGAGAGUUUGACUUGCAAAAGAGAGUCCAUUCAUUCUUCUAUAAGGCUGCGGAGUUAUGUUUGGUUGGAUUAACUGCUGGGGCAAUCCAAGGUUCAUUGACAAAUACUUUGGCCAGAAAAAAGGACAGGUUAUCCGUGACAGUCCCACCUGUGAGUACCUAUGCUCUUGGUUAUGGUGCUUUUCUUGGACUUUAUGCAAACCUGAGAUACCAGCUAUUAUGUGGAUUUGAUAGAGCAGUGGUCAAUCAUUUUGAUGUCAUUGGAGUUGCAUUGUUUUUCAGCACAGCUUUGAGGAUUUUAAAUACCCAAGUAGGAGAGACAUCAAGACUAGCUUGGCUAGGGGUAGAGGCAGAUCCCUUGGUUCAGUCAGAUGACCUUUUGAAGGCUUACAACAGGUCUCCUUCUGCAGACGCUGACUCGUCAUCUUCAAAAUGGUUUAUCUCUAAGAAAACCCUAGUUUCUGGGCUUGGACUCCUCGGCAUAAAACAAGGCAAUACUGAUUCCAUUAAUGGGGAAUCACCAGCACCAAAGGUCCGUAGAAAGAGGGUUGUUCGGAAGAAGGUGUCUGCAAGCUAAGUGUAAUCUAGUUUGAUUUAACUAUUGUUGCGUCCAAUCCUGCUCCCUGCUCCCUGCUCCCUGCUCCCAUCAGAUGACAGGAACUUGGGCAUGGUCUUGGACGUUAAAAAGUAGGCCAAUAGAAGUUUCACCUUUAUCCCUGAGAGAGAGAAAGGGGGGAGGGGUGUUCAAAUGGCACCAACAUAAGAACGUUCGCCUAGAGAAUUUUAUAGGGGGGAGGAUGUGUUUAGAUUUUUCUUCUCAUUGUUUUGUUUUUGACGUUACAGCAUUCCAAGUUGUAGGCCUGCACUCAUAAUUUCCAUGAACUGGGAGUUUAAUUUCGUGCCCUUUUGUCUUGGCAGUUGUUAAA